ACUUGCAGCGCUUCGCCCGUCUCGCCGCGCGCCUGGAUUUCCCAUUUUUCCUCGCUUUUCCUCCUCCGCCGCCUCGACCCUUCGCGCAGCCAUGAAGGUGGCCACCGCCGCAGCGCCCGCCGUGUCGCCCGGCCCCAGCUGCGCCCUGAAAGGCGUGCGCCUGGGCUCCGGGGGCGCGGGCGAGCCGGUGUCGCGGUGCCUGUCGGAGCAGAGCGUCUCCUUGUCCCGGGCCGGCAGCCCGCCGCCCCCUCGGGGCUUGCCCCUGUGCCCGGAGCAGGCAGCCGCCGCCGCCUCGCUGCUCAUGGACAUGAAGGGCUGCUACACGCGCCUGGCCGGCCUGGUGCCCACCCUGCCCCGCCACCGACGGGUCUCCAAGGUGGAAAUCCUCCAGCACGUUAUCGAUUACAUCUGGGACCUCCAGCUGGAGCUGCAGCAUCCGCUGGGCGCCGGGCCGACCCCGCAGAGGGCCACGGACGAGCCGGCCGGAGCCGUGCCCGAGGUGAGCCCCGGCCGCUGACCCACCGCGCCGCCGUCUCUCCCUGGGCUGCUUGGGGGGGGGGUUACCACGGUGGGCAGCAAGAGGAGGGUUUCAAGGGGUCCCUCGCCUGCCCACGGGGCCUCCGGCUAGGGGGGCGUUUCCAGGCUUGCACCCGCAGCCCGAUGAUUUGACUCCCUUUUCCAUCCGGACGCCACCUUCCUCUGGUCUCCGUGGCUUGGGUGCCUCUAUCAUGCGCUUUUGGGGCUGCUGCUUCUGCUUCUUCUGGGGGGUGCCCUUCAUCCCACCCCAAAAUCUUGGCACCCUGUCCUGGGGUUGCCCUUCCGCACUGUGGACUCUUAACGACCUGGCACCCUUAGGUGCCGCUGCUGCCUUUGAUGUUUUUACUUUCUGGACGUCCAUUCUUGGGGAGGGGAUUCCCACGCCACCCCUGUGUGUGCACUUUCGUUUUUCAACAUGGAGGCGAUGCCCUCUGCCUGGUGUUCUUAGUCGCCCCCACCCCAUUUUUACCUAUUUUAGAUAUUGCCCCUUCUUUGCCGUGGGUGGGUGUGUUAAUCUUCCCCAAACCAUAACCAUAGUUUCUGUAUCCUGACCCUGUAUUCCUCUUCCCUGAUGCCUCUUGUGACCUCUCCCCCCCCUCAAAAUUCUUCUGAUUUCCACCCCCUUUUCUGUCCCCUUUUGGGGGAGAUGGGGCAUAGCCCCCCCCCCCCAGCCUUUAUUGUGGCUUCUCCUUGCUGCUGUCAAUAUUCCGCCCUUGGCUAUUGCAUUAAAGCACUGUAUUCAAAUCAAGGCUGCAUGGAUUCUCUCCCUUUGCAGAAAAUACUUUUUGCCCUUGCCCAUUCUCCUCCUUCGGUCCUCUCCCACAUGCUGUGCCUUUUGGGGGGGGGGGUUCAGGGCAGCCCCAUGGAUAUUUCCCAUCAUCCCUGGCCUGUGGCUGCAAGGGCUGAUGGGAGAUGGAGUCCCAGUCUCCCCUUCGCUACAGGAAGAUGACAGUAGCUGCCUAGGGAAACUGGAAUGGCAGUGGCUCUUGCUUGCAGUCCGGUGGACUUUGUUCCUGCCAUUGAUGUUGUUUGUCUGUGUGUAUGUGUGUUCUGGGUUAGGCUUGAUGGAAUCUGGUAGCACUGAACCCAGUCACCCUUACUUUUCACAAGCUUCACAAGCUUCUGGGUUUCACAGCAGUCUUCAGCAGAGUGCUGGCUUCAUCCCUAGGCAAAAAAUGGGGAGUUAAGAACCGAUGUUGCUGUUGAGGGUCUCAAAACAGCCUUCUGUGGAUUUACGAAUUGCAGCGCUAUUGGUUUUUAUCUCCAUGCUGAUCAAUCUUAUCUUGUGUUUACUUCCAGCCUGCUUGUGUGAAUGCUGAUGACCGGAUCCUGUGCCGCUGAGGGCCAGUCUGGGCCUGCGGAUCGUCCUUGGAAGACAUGGCUUUCCUGUUGCUCCUCCAAUGGCAGGGGAAGGAAUUCUCUCCUCUCCCAACGGACUAGGUUCCAGUGGACUUAGACAGAGAGACUGCAAAGGACAUUUCUACCGGAGGUGAAGGAGAGUUGAAACCAACAGCCUCUGCCCCACUUUCCCCGUGUCGAAAGGGUGCCACGUGGGUGUCUCUUAGCGAGAAAGAGGAACCAGCGCCGGUGAACUCAAACUGAACUCAAAAGCAGCACCCUCUAUGGAAGGGGUUUAAUGCUUAAGAGGGGCAGUGCUUGUUCUCUGUUUAAGAAAAGAGAAAAGCAGCGAGUUGUAACUCUCUCCAAAAUACUUCUCAGAUUUCUGAGAAUCAUUCUUGUAUUGUAUAUUACAAUGAUAAUGUUUUCCCCCUGAGAAUAUUGUUCUACAAUAGUUUGAGGUUUUUGUUAUUAAAACAAAUGCAUAUUGCGACAAAUGGUC